UCUUUUCUAAACAUAAAUAACAGAUAUAUUCCAUAAAAUAUAAAAACGGCCUACCAUAAAGUACCCCCCCAGAUGUUCCGACUUCGUCCAAAAUCUUAUCAUUUUACUUCAGGCUGAAAUAAAACUUAAGUUUAAAAUUUAAUAUUUUUUCCUUUAUCCGUUUUUGAGUUUUCUUCAAAAUUCUAAAUUUACACAUUUUCCAAAUAUCUCGAAUACGGUCCAUUUUAAAGAAAAUAUGUAUGGGAUAAAAAUUAUACAGAAUUAUUUUUUUUACAUUUUGUCAAAUUUCUCUAAUACGGACCAUUUUUGGAAAAUUUUGUAAAGAACAAAAAUUAUAGAUAAUAAUAUUGUAAGUAACUUUUAUUUGAAGAAAUUUCUUCUUCAAACGUAAAUACCAGAUAUAUUCCAUAAAAUAUCAAAAUGACCACCUAUAAAGUACCCCCCAAAUGUUCCGACUCUGCCCAAAAUCAAAUCAGUUCACUGGAGGCCGGAAUAAAGCUUAAGUUUAAAAUUUGGCGUUUCUCUUUGUAUCGGUUUAUGAGUUAUGGUGGAGAUACACGAACGCGCACGCACACACGCACACGCACACACACACACACACACACACACACACACACACACACACACACACACACACACACACACAUCAUCCCGAAAAUAGUCAAAACGGAUUCAGGGAACCCCAAAACGUAAAAAUUCGUCGAAAACUGAAGGUCGAAAAAAAUCAUGAUUUCUAUACUUUCCUUAUCUGUAAUAAAUUAACAAUUUUUAGCUGAUGGGAUAUAAAAACCGUGUAAACUAGUGUUAUUAAUCUUAAAACAAUAUUAAAAAUAAUAUAUUAAUAUGAAAUAAGUGACUAAAUUGGGGUGAACUUAUAUAUCAAUAUUGCGAUAUCUCGAAAUUUGGAAAAUGGAAAAAGUGAUUUUCAAAAAUUUUGAUUUGGAGGCGCUACCGUUAGAGAUAUACCUUUACAUAUAUGCAUUCUUUUCGGAAUAUGCGCGACGAAUAAGAUGGCAUGAAAUUCAAACAUUUAUUUAAAUAUUUAACGGCGAUUUUGAGGCAUUUCCCAAAGACAUGGACAAAAAUGGAUCACAUUUUUGGAAAGUACGCCUCAAAAACUAUAAGGUGCCAUGAAAAAAUACGUCCUAUUUUUGAUCGUUUUCGUCAAAAUGCAGGAAGGGGCAUGUGUUUUUCUUAAAAUUCCCAUAUCUAGCUCAACGAAACCAUUGUGAUUCGGAAUCUACUCAAUGAGACCUACUAUGUCAUUAGUAAUGAAAAGUAAUAAAUGGCGUUACCAAUCGAAAAUCUUUUAUUGCAGAGAAGAUAUGAAAAGAAAAAUCUAAAAUUGCGCUGCGAAUUCCAGAAAAAGUAAAUCAAGCUGCAUAAAUAUUACAAAAUAUAAGUAGACAGUCCAGUCCGUAUCUGACAAAGUUCUUCGGGUACAUUGAUAACCAAGUGUUAAUGAUGUUUAUUGAAGAAUAAUCCAAGACCUACGCCAAUGUUUAACAUCGGUAAUUGUAUUUUGAUUGUAAUAAGUCGAAGAUUAUUAAAGAAAAUAAAGAAAAACUAAUCAGUAGUAGAUGAAAAUUCGAGCGAGCCGAACGUCAUGUCAUUGAUUUAAACACUUCCGUUUUCUAAAUAUGAUAGUUCGGAAAUAUCUUUACAUUAACUAUUUAAUUCUUAUGGAAUUAUCGUAUUUUUACAGUGAUUAAGUAUUCGAAAGUGUCGAUUUAGUGUUUUAGAAAUUUUCAGUGUCACAUUUUUUUUUUAUAAAAAUGCUUAAAUUUACGAAGAGACAGUGGUUAACACUGAUUGUAAUAGGAAUUGCAGAUUUUUGCAAUGCUAUAUGUGUGUCUUUACAAGCACCUUUCUACCCUCAAAUUGCAGAAAGUAAACAUUGUACAGCUACAGAAUAUGGACUAGUAUUUGGAAUAUUCGAAUUUGUAGUAUUUUUAAUAAGUCCGAUAUAUGGCCAGCAUCUUAACAAAAUAGGACCAAAAUUAAUGUUUAAUGGAGGAAUUUACACUACAGGCAUUUGCGCUAUACUUUUUGGUUUAUUGGACAAGAUUCAAGAAAGAUAUGCAUUCAUCAUUUUGAGUUUUGUAAUUAGAAUCGUAGAGGCAUUGGGAAAUGCCGCAUUUUUAACAGCUAGCUUUGCGAUUAUAGCUAAAGAAUUUCCGAACAAUGUAGCAACAACAUUUGCUUCUUUGGAAACAUUUUUUGGUCUGGGAUUAAUUGUUGGUCCAACAGUAGGUGGUGCCCUUUAUCAAGCAGGUGGUUAUACUCUGCCGUUCGUCGUAAUGGGAUCUGCGCUCUUUAUGUCGGCCAUUUUGACAGCUUUCGUUCUGCCGAAACAUGAAUCAGGAACAGACAGAGCCGCAGGACCGUCGGCUUUCAAAGCUUUAAAGAUACCGGGAGUUUUUAUUAUCAACCAUGAGCAUAAUCGUCACUAGCAUGUCAAUAGGAUUUCUGCAAGCCACUCUGGAACCCCAUUUGCGUUCAUUUUUUUUGCCUCCCAUCAUUUUGGGGCUAAUGUUCAUCAUCAACGGAGGUAUAUAUGCAAUGACAGCUCCCGGAUUUGGUUGGUUGUGCGACAGAGCCUACUCGCCCAAAUGGAUAACCGUUUCUGGUUGCUUUUUGGUUGCCGCAGGAUUUUGCAUGAUCGGACCAGCUCCAGUCAUUCCUGUUGAAAAAACUCUGUGGCUAAUAAUGUUAGGUUUGGUUCUUCAUGGUUUGGGAAUGGCGGCGCAAUUGGUGGCUUCCUUCACUGAUGCGUUAAGAACCACUGUUGCUCAAGGAUUCCCCAACAAUCUGGAAACCUUCGGUUUGAUUUCCGGUCUUUGGACAAGCACGUUCGCUCUGGGAGCUUUUAUGGGUCCGUCCAUCAGCGGAGUUUUGUUCGAUACUAUUGGUUUUCCGAACGCAUCUUUAUUCAUUAUCGUUUUACAUCUCCUUGUGGGAAUAUUGACGGCUACGUAUAUCUUCGUUGCGAAACCUCAAUCUCCUUAUGUGGAAAUUAAGGAAGAAACCAAAGAAGAAAUCGACAAACACAGUUACAUUGCGUCGUUGAUACAAAACAGCGUUACUGAAAGCAUGAAGAGCAUUCGAUCUGUGGGUAAUGGAAUUUCAAUAGAAAAAAGUCGUCCUCCAGGAAUGAACAGUUUAAUAGCUUGCAACAGCUACAAAUCCCAAGCUUGGCCCGAAAGAGACUCAUCGAAUUUAAAUUUAGGACCCUACAGUUACAGUUAUGGAUACGGUACUGUCAAUAGGAAACCUUCAAAUGGUGGUUGUUCGAGUGGUUCUUAUUUUCCAAUAGCAUAAGUCAAUGUAAAAAAGUGUACAUUUUCUAUUUAGAGACGUUAGAAAUUUCUAAUGUAUAGAAAUAAACGAGAGAGAAUUUUUACUGUAACACAAUAAGCCUGUUGUUUAUGAGUCUGAUAAACUUUUACAGAGCUUGAGAAUGCAAUUUUUUAAAAAUUUAUCUUGUCCAUAAAUUUUGAUAAAAACAUUUUGUUGCAACCGGCUGUACUGUAUGUAUUAUAAAUAAACAUUAUUAAAUGAAAUGU